AUGUGUUUGGUGUCCUGUAUUUGCCAUGUGAUGUGCACGGUGGAAGAAGACGAUGACCAUCGUUUAAUGAGCGAACAUGACCGACUGAUGUCGAAAGUUUUGAGCAAAGACAAAAUUAGUACAUUCAGACCACAUCUGCACGGUGAUCCAGUUGUUGUGACAGUAUAUGUGUCUGUGGACAGUUUUGGAUCUAUUUCAGCCAUGUCGAUGGAAUACACUAUGAAUGUUGAUGUGUAUCUUGAGUGGGAAGACAUCCGAUUGGUUCACAACACAACGGAUCUGGUAUUUCAGACGGUCGAAUCAAUUAAACAAUUCUGGCUGCCAGAUAUCUACUUCGUGAACGAGAAGAACGGAGAGUUGCACGUUGUUCUUUCUGAGAACAUUGCGUUGGUGCUUCAGCAAUCUGGUACUAUAACAUAUAAGACAAGAUUGACUCUUGUAUUAACAUGUUAUAUGGAGCUCCAUUUAUUUCCCCUCGACAUUCAGCACUGUCCUCUACUGAUACGUAGCUACGCAUACAAUGACAAGCACGUGACUCUGAAGUGGCGAACGUACAAUCCAGUAAUGAUAAACCCAAAGAUCCAGUUACCUCAGUAUGACCUGCCAACGGGGGACCCUGAGACAAGCAUGAACUUGGAAGAACUCCCUCCGCUGGGUAAUUUCUCAACACUACUAGUCGAGUUCCGACUUGAUAGAUCACUGGGGUUCUUCAUUGUGAAUAUGUUUCUGCCAUCGGUAAUACUCGUCAUCAUUUCUUGGAUAUCGUUCUGGCUACACGUGGACGCCACUCCAGCUAGGGCGUCACUGGGCAUCACAUCGGUACUCACCCUGGUCACCCAGAGCGGAACUAUCAGAUUCACGGUGCCAGCUCUCUCCUACCCUACGGCAAUUGACAUUUGGUUCUCCGUGUGCAUAUUAUUCGUGUUCGCCGCGCUGAUAGAAUUCGCCCUGGUCAACUACUUCUACAUCAUUAGCGUGAGAGCGAGUAAGCGAGAAAUAGUACGAGGUAUACCCGAUGACACUGCUACGGAGACAGAAAUUGAUACACCAACUGACGGCAAGACGAAAUUUUCUGGCGAGGCUGAGGAGUCUAAUAAUACAGGAGAGUUGAGGCUGCGAAUGAAAGGAUCGAAAGAAUACGCAAUGAGCAUGUCAACAAAGUCGCUGCACGACAAGCAUAAGAUAAAAAGCCGCUUCUACUUGAAGACUGCAAUGAAGAUUGAUAGAUAUUCGAGGCUGGUAUUCCCAGUUGUCUUUAUUUUAUUCACCACUGCGUUUACAAUCUAUUUCUAUGCAUUACAAGACAGAAUCAAGUAG